CUGCGCGCUCUCUUUUGUAACUCGACGGUGUCAACACAGCGUGUCAACACUUUCUGCAGAACUUUCCGCACGCUCUUCCAUCCUCUUCUCACGGCAGACUUUCUUUUUAAUACGUGUCCUCCUCAAAGUUGGUUUUCAUCUUCAUAGUUUGCACUGAAGUUUUUUUAUUAUCUUAAAGAAGAAGAAGUCGAGUCGGAGAGAUUUGUGAGUGUGAGGAGGAGGAAGCUGUGUGGUCGUUAGCUCAGGAGGUGUCAGAAGCUGAAGCACUUCCUCGUCUGUCACUCCUCUCAUCACUGCGAGCGCCGUCAGAGCACGCUGACCUCACGUGACAAACUGACUUCACAGCGUCUCGGCUCACUCCACACUAGACUUUCAUCAGCGUUAAAUUAUAGUCAGAGUGAGACGUCAAGAACUAAAUCUGAUGACCUUGAUUUGGCGUCCAUAUCUGGUCUUCGCCAAUCCUGAGUGAUGCCUCGUUCCUUCUUGGUGAAGCGAGGAGGGUUGCAUCACCUUCGGCACACAGUGAGAAGCCGGAGCCCUGGAUCCACCUCUGGGACGUUUAAACUUAUAGAAAAAAAGACGGGGUCCUGGUAUGCAUCCCUGUGGGACUCCACAGACGAAACACCGGAUAAUAUCAUCAAAGAGCCCAUCACAUUAUCGCAGCAGGACCCUCAGGCUGCCAAACAUCUAAAUGGAAUUAGGAUCCAUCAGCUGCUUAGUCCCAAAUCUUACGACUGUAGAUCUGCUGAGUUCUGCAGUCCGGUCUACUCAAACACUUUUAGCACCACAGACAAAGUCGAUUCUCGUCCUGUGAAACCAGACAUAUGCUCCAGAACUCACGGCAACUCAGAGUAUCCAGAUACGGUGUCCUUGGGACUGGGAGACUUGACUCAGCACCCACAGAUCCUAAGGGAGACCAGGAGGCAGGACUGUCCACUGUGCAGCAAAAUAUUCUCAUCUCUGUCAAGUCUGACGACUCACAUAUGCAGGUGUCAUGGAAGCAGAACAACCCUGACCCCAGCACACAUCAAGUCCAGCAGAACAGAAAAUAAGACGGCGUCGUACAAGGGCAACAAGGAGAGGACGUUUGGCUGUUCAGUGUGUGGAAAAGAGUUCAAGCGCUCCUCCACCCUCUCCACCCAUCUCCUCAUACACUCAGACACACGACCUUACCCCUGCCAGUACUGCGGCAAGAGCUUCCACCAGAAGUCUGACAUGAAGAAGCACACCUUCAUACACACUGGUGAAAGCCCCCACGUGUGUCAGAUAUGCGGGAAGGCCUUCAGCCAGAGCUCCAACCUCAUCACCCACAGCCGCAAACACCUGGACGAGCGUCCGUACCACUGUCCUUGCUGCCUCUACGGCUUCCAGCACAAAGUGGAGCUGCGGCAGCACCAGGCGCACCACUGCAGCAGUCACCACCUGCUGUGACACCGGCGGGGUUCAGAGUCCACCACCAGCAGAGACAUCUUACACUCAUGAGUAAAGCAGGGGGUUUAAAAUACUGAAUACUGAAAUGUUAUUAUUUAAUGAUUCCUCUACUGAAAAAUCUUUUGGAAGUCAAUGAGUGUGUUUACAUGGAUUUGAGUAUCCCGCUUUUAAUCGGGUUUUACAAAUAUCCUGUUUUUGUCCUUGAGCACCACACCCGGAUUUCAGGAACCAGGAUAAGCCCUUAUCCCGAAUCUGAGAAACCUGACUGCUACCUGGAGAACUCCGUUAGAAAAAUGGAUACUGUGACAUGUAUACGCCUUUCCCCUGUUUCUGACAGCUGCCGACUUCCUACGAAAGGGCGGCCAAAAAAAAAAAAACAUGGCGGCGACAAUGAGAGUGUCUUACUUGGAGUUUUGUCUUUUGCUGAUGACAGAAUUAAUUACAACUGGAAGUUUAGAUGGAAGAAAGCAUCAAAGUGCUGACCUACUCAAGUCUAUGGUGGACAGGCUGCAGGAUGACGGUUUCCCAAAACGUUAAGUGGAAACCGGCAUCCUCGGGUCACGUUGGAAAGAAACAUUAAGGAAGUGGCCAAACAUCAGAACCAGAGAAGUGGCUCUGAUCCAGCAACCUUUCAAAUCGCACAAAAUCUUGGACGAGAUGCUUGGUCAUCGUCCGCUGGCCGGUUUGUGUUGGGAGAAAUAAACAUCACAGGCGCCUGCACAAAUAAGAUGCAGUAAUCAGGAACAAGGAUAUGAAUAUUUAUCCUGCAGCAGGUGUCCCUGUGUGCAUGUAAACACCACAUCCUGAAAAUGAUCAAUGCUGGGAUAAGGCUCAAGUCCAUGUAAACACACUCAGCUAUUCUUGCAUCUACUUUUUCUAGUUCACGAGUAAAAAUGGAAACAUUAUUGACGGUUGUGAAUUCAUCUCAUGUUUAAUAAAAUGUUUAAUAUUUGUUUGUAAA